GCCGCCGCACAGUCUGAGCGUUGCCCGCGGUUUCAGCAUCCGCGCGCUACUCUCUCCACAGAGUGGGCCAAUUGUCAUAACACCGCUUCAGUCGUUCCGCUGGAAACGCUGGGCUCGGGGAUACACGCCUGAAACCGCCAACUCUGAUCCCGAGGAACGCCAGGCUGGGCGGCGCGAAGGCGGGCGGAGACCAGGCCCCGGGGACCGGCGGCCUCGUCGGGAGCCGCGCAACCCCCGCCUCCCGCAGAUGCCGGCACCGCCGCUUCGCGCCGAGGCGAGCGCGCCAUGAGGGCAGACUCGGGACUGCGGGUGGACGACCCGCGCCCUCCACGAACCCUUCCUCCUGUACCAAGUACUGUUCAAGGUGAUACUCCACUUAGUCGACCCAAGAAAAAGAAACCCAGAACAAAAACCAUACAAGGCAAUGCUUCUUUGGAAGGUCUUGCUCAGACUGCUGUUGGUAAGCCAGCUGAGGGCAGUGAACCACCAACUAAAGAAACCAUAGAGCAUCCAGAAGCUUCUGUUCAAAGAAGACCAAAGAAAACCAAGUUAUCUUUCGACUCUGAGACUUCCUUAACCCAGAAGAAGACCUCUAGUCCAUCUCCAUUACGGAAUGAAAAUGGUGUUGAGGUGGAGCCACCCUCUCUGGCUGAGGAGACAGUCAUUCAGAAACCUAGAAGAAAGACAAAGAAAACACGGCCAGCAGAACUGCAAUAUGCCAAUGAGCUAGGAGUAGAAGAUGAAGACAUAAUUACUGAUGGGCAAAGUAAUCUAGAGCAACAGUCUGUGUUCACUGCACCUACUGGCAUUAGCCAACCUGUAGACAAAGUGUUUGUGGAAAAAAGCCGACGUUUCCAGGCUGCUGACCGUUCCGAGUUGAUAAAAACCACAGAAAACCUAGAUGUGUUAAUGGACAUGAAGCCUUCCUGGACCACUAGAGACGUUGCCCUGUCCGUGCACCGGGCUUUCAGGAUGAUUGGUCUCUUUUCUCAUGGCUUCUUGGCUGGCUGUGCUGUUUGGAAUAUUGUUGUGAUAUAUGUUCUAGCAGGAAAUCAGCUUUCUAAUCUUUCAAAUCUUCUGCAACAAUACAAGACCUUAGCAUAUCCAUUCCAGAGUAUUCUCUACUUGCUUUUGGCUCUAAGUACAAUUUCAGCUUUUGACAGGGUUGACUUUGCUAAAACAUCUGUAGCGAUCCGAAAUUUUUUUGCACUUGAUCCAACAGCUUUAGCAUCUUUCUUGUAUUUUACUGCUCUUACACUAUCUCUGAGUCAGCAAAUGACAAGUGACAGAAUCCACCUUUACACACCUUCUUCUGUUAAUGGUAGCCUCUGGGCAGCGGGAAUUGAAGAACAGAUUCUCCAGCCAUGGAUUGUGGUGAAUCUGGUGGUGACACUUCUAGUUGGAUUAUCUUGGCUUUUCCUAUCCUAUAGACCAAGCAUGGAUCUUAGUGAAGAGCUGAUGUUCUGUUCUGAUGUGGAAGAAUAUCCUGAAAAAGAUAAAGGAAUUAAAGACUCUUCAUAGGACCAACUCACCUUCAGUGUAAUAGUGACCCAGUAUUUUGAAUUUUCCCCAGUUUUGUUUUUAAAUGUAUUUUUAUAAGAUAUAGACAGGUAUGUUGGGAAUGGGGUUUUAAAUUACAUAAUACUAAAAGUUUUGGGUCUGAAACAACAGUACAGCAGGUAGGGCACUUAAAGUACUAAAGUACAGUCCACCUGUACCCAGCCAGACUGGUUUUAAUACUUGGUACCUGGUAUGGUCUCGUAAGCCGCACCAGGAUGAUACCUGAGUGCAGAACCAGGAGUAAGCCCUGAGCACUGCCAGAUGUGGCUCCCAAACAAACAAACAAAAAAACAUCAAAAAUUCUGAAAAUUUUCUCAAGAUUAUGGAAAAUGUAAAAUUUUGUCUGUAAUUUAUACCUAAAUGUUAAUCUCUAUAGUGUUAUUAUUUCAUUUCUAGCUCAUUUACUUUAGGAGAUAAAAAUGAGUUAGAAAUGAGCAGUCAAAGUUUGUGUCUUCUGAUCUCCCAAAUCAGUUGCAUCUAUAAUCACUAUCUUAAAGAGCACUAAUACAGAAAAGCCAUAACUGUAGUGUUGUAAAUAUAAGUCAGUUUAAGCAUAAAUUUAGGGAAUGGGGGAAAGGGAGGGGAAGACCAUUAUCUUUUAUGUCCCUUACUCAAUAAAUUGAAAAUUUAAAUUUGUUUGUUCUGAAGUUUGCUUUGUGAUUAUAUAUCAGGUUAGAAGCAUAAUACAAUGUAAUUUAGCUUGAAAGAUGCUUUACUUUAUGGCUAAUAAAAAGCAAUUGGGGAGGGGGGUUUUGCAAAGCAAGCAAUAUCUUUCUGGCCUUAAAAGAAAAAGUUUUGUCUCUCGGCCGAGAUGUGACCCGAGCAGCCGCAUGUGUGCAGCCUCUCUGUUGCUGAAUGACCAUGAUCCCGGAGGCCAUCUAUCUACCUUUGGCACCAGCAGCUUCUUGCAGAAAUGUCUCUAGACUGUGAACUAAGCCUCGGCCCCAUGCUGUCCCAGGAGAGGAAAGGUUUUUCUCUCUCCGCUUUUCCUUUCGGGGGUUGGGGUCCCAGCGUGGUGACCUCUAUCUUAUAAGGACCACUAAAAAGAGGUAUGAACUUACAAUGAUGCAAUCUAUGGCUCUGGCAGGAAUUUCCCUGGACUUAGUUACUAAAAUACAGAAAUCCAAAGCUGCGCAGCCUCGACCUCAUAUUUCUUCAUUUUCAGCAAUGGAAAACAAAUUAUCAACUGCUUCCUUUUCAGCAGGUCUAAUUUUUUUUGGGGGGGGACUCUAAACAAUAGUGAGUUUUUGUUGAAAUAUUGAAUGUAAUCAAAGUAAAGAGAAAAUAAAGUGAAAAUUAUCAGCUACACAGUGGGGUGUGGGGGUGGAAUGGGAGGUAUACUGGGGUUCUUGGUGGUGGAACAUGUGCACUGAUGAAGGGAUGGAUGUUUGAUCAUUGUAUAACUCAGACUUAAGCCUGAAAGCUUUGUAACUUUCCAUAUAGUGAUUCAAUUAAAAAAAAAAGAAAAAGUUUUAAAAGCUUUAAAAUGUAAGGGUUUAAGUCAAGGUAUUAAUAAAUUUAACCAAAAAAAAGAAUAUAAGGGUUUAUUUCCUUUCUAAAGCUUUACUGGUGGUUCCAGUAUCUCAUCACAUCAUGAUUCUCUAGGGAGUUAAAUAUAUAUAUGUACAUAUAUACACACAUAUACAUAUGUAUAUAUAUAAACAUAUGUACAUAUAUAAAUAGCAAAAAAGAAAUUGAAAUAGCCAAGAGCUUCUGAAAUUAAAGGAGAAACUAAACUGACUUAGUUACACUCACU